GCUGCGGCGUUCUGGAUGAGUUGUAGGGGUUUAAUGGCACAGGCAGGGAGCCCAGCCAACAGCGAGUUGCAGUAAUCCAGACGGGAGAUGACAAGUGCCUGGAUUAGGACCUGCGCCGCUUCCUGUGUGAGGCAGGGUCGUACUCUGCGGAUGUUGUAGAGCAUGAACCUACAGGAACGGGGAUGCAGAACAGCUGAACAAGGCCACAAUUUGCCGCACAAUAAGGAGUGUGUGUCUGGCUAUCAAAGCAUUAGCAGAUGUCUUCAUCUCCUUCCCUGGCCACAGAAGACUCUGUGACAUCAAAGAGGAGUUCUAUAGGAUUGCAGAUGGUCUGCAAUGCUGACUGUGUGAUCAGCAAUGUUGUGGCAAAAUGGCCUGGCUCAGUCCAUGACUCCAGAAUCUUUCGGGCCUCUGAAAUCUAUCAGUGCCAAGGUGAAUUCUCUGGUGUGUUGCUGGGAGACAGGGGGUAUGGCUGCCAGCCUUUUCUCCUGACACCUUUCACAGACCCCCAGGAAGCACAGCAGGCCUACAACCAUGCCCAUGCCAGGACCAGGGCCAGAGUUGAAAUGACCUUUGGCCUCCUGAAGGCACGCUUUCACUGCCUUCACAAAUUAAGGGUCAGCCCUGUUAGGGCAUGUGAUAUUACUGUGGCUUGUGCUGUCCUCCACAAUGUGGCCUGCCUGAGGAAGGAGAGGGCCCCCAGAGUGCCACCAGCCAUGGACUGGGACAAUCCGGCAAUCUUCCCUGAUGACGACAGUGGUCGGCUGCUGAGGGACCAAUAUGUGUUGAAUUAUUUUAGUUAGUAUGUGUGCUUUCAAUUUUGGUUAAAUAUAUCCUGCGGUG